UACUUUCGCCUGAUUUCAUACGCCAAACAAAAUAUUGCUUGGAAGCUGGGUCAUUUUAGACUUUUUUAUUACGGCAUCUGAAAUGACAUUUAAAUCGAGUCAGGGAUCCCUUUGAUGGAAUGUUUUGAUCUGCUAUACAAUUCCACGAAAACAAGUGAAAACCUGAUUCUUUAAACUUUUAAAGGUCCAAAAAAGUGGGCAAGAAAGAUGUGUUCAUCGCAUUUGACCCUGCUGCAAAGAUUAUUGCCAAACAAAUUAUUUUUACGGUGUAGAAUCUAAUUUCCAUUGUUUUUAUUUAGAGCCCUCACAACUAUUUGCUCUGAAAAAAAUUUCAGUUGUGUUUGUGUCCUUUAUGUUCAUUGGUCCCUGCAGAGUGGUUGCAAAAACUUAAAAAUAUGCCAUUUUAAAAAUAUUUAUGUCACAAAUCACCUUUCGUAUUGCAUGGUGUCCUUUCCAGCCAAAAUAUCUUGAACAGGCCUUUUUGUUUGAAGACGAAAAAACAAAGCUCUUCUAACAGUGAAGCAUCCCCCGUCCUACAAAGAACGAGUUGCGCGGACCAUUUGAUUGCAAGAAACGGGGUACUGGCACGAAUUUCUGUUAGUAGAUCUGAAAGUGCAAUUUUUUAGUAUUGCUCGUUUUCGGUAUUGAAAUAACAAGUAAUUGUAAAUGAUUCAUACCAGAUGAUUUUGUUUUAUGGAUUUUUGAAAAUAUUCAUCUGUAUUUUCAGGUCCGUGUUUAAUUACAAUCCAUUUAUACAUAUUGUUUUCGUACCACCCGUUCCACUUCUAAUCAAUGGUGUACAUCCACACUAAUCAUUUGAUUAAUCGUGGGCCCAGACCUUGUGGAAUGUACACCUUUUGAACUUCAUAUUCCCAAGUUCAGAUUAAUCAUGGGUAACACCUGGUUUGCCAUUACAAACUAUUUGAAACCAGGUGUUCGCAUAUUUUUUGACGCGCAUGCGGCUUUGCAUUACAUUGCUAAAGAGGUUGACGACCAGAAGGCCUAGCCGAUGUGGACCCAUCCGAUCUCGUCGAUCUGGCAUGGCUUCUCGGUCACGGAAAAAACCAAAAGUUUUUGAUGAUAGCACCAUUAUUCACAUGGUCAAAUCGAAAAAAAGGGUGAAGAUAAGACCAAGCUAUAACAGAAGUGCUCUUUACAGCGUUGUAAGUGGUAUCGGCCUAAGACAUGAUGCCAGUGCCGAAGUUCCCCAGACUCAGCCAGAUGCCGAAAGUAGCCAGGAAACAGAGGGAUUUCCAAUUGGAUUCUCUAAAGCCAAAAAGAAAACAUAUAAGGAAAGGAAAGAGAUGGAAAAUAAAAGAUGGAGAAUGAUUCAAGCAUCAAUGAUCGAUGCAGCAAUCGAAGUUUCUGCCUUAAGGUCUGAUCAGCAAUGUGUAACUUGCCAUUUGAAUGCCAAGUUGAGGUGUAUUGACUGUGGGACGGGUCAGUUUUUCUGUCUUGAAUGUGCCACACAAUUGCACAGGGAAAGAAACAGACUGCAUUUUAUUGAAGAGUGGAAGGAUGGAUGUUUUGUUCCAUUUAAUGGGUUUACACCAGUCUUUGACAUCACAAAAAUGAUAGCACAUGACAAUAAUUGUAUUGCAUCAAUAAGGAGUGUUACAGUACUGAAUCCAAACGGGAUCCAAAGACUUUGCCAGAUUUGCUUUUGUUCAUGCUUGAAUGAUGCAGAAACACUUGUACGAUGUGGUUUGUGGCCAGCAAGUCCAACUCUACCAAAGGUGGCAUUUUGUCUUGAAUUAAUGGACUUAUUAGAGGCCCUGUUCUUAGAAUGCAAAGUUUCAAUCAGCAGUUUUGUCAGUGCAUUAAAAGAAAGAGUUUCUCCACUUUUGCCACAAAUGGUAAACCUUGCUUCUUCACUGAACAGUGAGUCUUUUGCGGAAUAUAGAUAUUUUCGAUACAGGAUCAGAUACACAAGAAAAGUUUGCCCAGAUAGAAAAGCCGGCACAUCAUGCCUUGCUUGUCCAAGUGUUGAAGGCUCAUUGUUCCAGAGUUUUGAUGCAUGUUUUGGCUUGCACAGGAGAAAGACACGUGGUAUGUUAGAUCUUCCGCCCCGUCAUGGAAACCUUGUAAUUGAGGAUCAAAUUGUCAUUGACAAAUUCAUAGAAGAGUACCCAAAGACACAGAGAACAAAGAAUGCAGGGGAAAAUGACUGCAAUGAUUUUACUGCGGGAUCCCUGGGUCCAUUGGAUGUUAUGACUGGAAAAGGAAAGGACAAGCUAUUUGAUGAGAAAGCAAUAUUUGGAAGUGUUUGUAAACAUGAGACACCAUAUAGAUUUGUCAACUUAAAGCAUGGUGAGAGGCUUGGAUACUCUGUCUACUUGAUCCAGAAUAUUUUGGAUACGAUAGAUACACUGAAGAUCAGUAUCAAUAUCUCAUAUGAUAUUGCUUGUAAACUAUCCAGUCAUUUGAGGAAUUUAGGAAGACAAGACCUGCUUGAGAAGAUUACUCUGAUCCUGCCAUCCUUUCAUGCAUAUGCACAUUCUGCACCUUGCCAAAUAAAGUUUGCACAACAAUACAUUGAGGGAUCUGGAAAACCAGAUGGAGAGCAGUGUGAACGUCUGUGGUCCUAUUUACGAGGAUUUUGCGCAAUGACAAAAGAAAUGACUCAAGCAAACCGCCAUGAUGCACUAACAGAUGCAAUUCUUUACUAUGGCCGCAAAUCUGAACGGAAAUUAUCAUCUCUUAUCGUUAGGAGAAUUAACAAAGCAUCAAAUGCAAAGGAUGCUGCCAGUCAGGAGCUGACAAAAUUACUGCAAGAGGUCAACAAGGCUUCAACUAGGAACUAUGGCUAUGACGAUAUCGAAAUAUGGAUGACAGAGAUGAAAGAAUCACUUAUAAAGAACAAGAAAACCUUGGUUUUGGGUGACUCUUACAGCUGGCGUUGUGAUUAUAUUCAAUGUCUAGUACAACAUAUUUGCUUGAGUAAGAAGAUACUGCAGAAUGAAAACCCUAAUGAAGCAGAUGAGUUGCCGCAGCUGCGGCAGUUGAAAAGCGUGGAAAAACGUCUCGUAGCCAUUGAAAAGAAAAACAAUGUUGAAAAAAGAUGGUCAAUCAGAAAAAAUGCUCGAAAAGACUUGGUGUCACAGGCAAUGAAUGAAAGGCGCGCAGAGUUGAUUUCAAAGCUGAGAGCUUUGGCUUUUGAACGAUGGUUCUUAUUAACCCUGAAAAGGAAAUACUGCAAGGGACAAAAAGUUGCGAAGUCUCUGAGCCGUAGCAUAAGUGCUAAAGUAAAAGUAAUUAAAAAUGCAGUUUCUGUAUUCAAUGAAGAACUGCAGGAAGUGGAAAUUCAAGCGAAAGUUAAGAUAACGAGGAUUAGCUUCCAGGAAGCAUUAUGUCUACAAUCCAAGAUUUAUUCAAUCGACAACGAGCAAUUUUCAAACACCGUUCCACUUGAAGUGAAAAGGAAGGCUAUAGAUAUCUAUGUUACAUGGAAAAGAAAUGAAGAAGAAGAAGAACACUGUAUAAGUGAAAUGCGAAAUGUUUUGCAAAACGUUAGAAAGGAAAUAAAGAAAGUGCAAAGUUCAUUACAGAUGAUAUCUCCUAUAACUCGUCUUGACAAGGGAGCCCAUGCCAUGCUUCGAAAGGAACUUAGGGAGCUAUUCCACUACGCGGCAGUCUGCAUCAAGGAUUUUGAAGAUGCUGGAUUUUUGAACUCUGACAAUGAAGAGUAUUCAGAUUUAAAGUAUUCAGACAUUCAAAUAAAGCCGAGCGAUCAGUCUGAUUAUAGCAGUCCUGAUGAAGCAGAACAAACAACCGACGACGAAGAACAGGAAAGCGAGAUAGUAGAAAGCGACAACGACAUAGUUGUAAAUAGUUUGUAAAUUGUAAAUAUUGAAUGUUUUUUAAGAAAAAGCUCUGCGUGUUUUUUAAAACCUUUGCCUUUCUAGUAAUUCUUAUGUGUCCACUGGAACUGUAACUACACAAACUUUUGCAAAUACUCUCUUUUAUUUUAAAGACUGAAUCGUGUAUAGAAAUUCAGAUUGAGAGAGUGACCAGAAACCUGCUAAAAAAAGUUAUUAGCUGGAUUAUUUAGAGAUUUUGAUGAAAUGUCGCAUAAUUUUGAGAAAAUCGGAAAUUCGAGAAAUAAUAUGCGGCGAAAUUGAAAAAGUGACCAGACCCUUGCUAAAAAAAGUUAUUAGCUGGAAUAUUUAGAGAUUUUGAUGAAAUGUCGCAUAAUUUUGAGAAAAUCGGAAAUUUGAGAAAUAAUAUGCGGCGAAAUUGAAAAAGUGACCAGACCCUUGCUAAAAAAAGUUAUUAGCUGGAAUAUUUAGAGAUUUUGAUGAAAUGUCGCAUAAUUUUGAGAAAAUCGGAAAUUUGAGAAAUAAUAUGCGGCGAAAUUGAAAAAGUGACCAGACCCUUGCUAAAAAAAGUUAUUAGCUGGAAUAUUUAGAGAUUUUGAUGAAAUGUCGCAUAAUUUUGAGAAAAUCGGAAAUUUGAGAAAUAAUAUGCGGCGAAAUUGAAAAAGUGACCAGACCCUUGCUAAAAAAAGUUAUUAGCUGGAAUAUUUAGAGAUUUUGAUGAAAU